GUUCUUGCUAAUGGAUUCAGAUUUUUCAACAUGGCAGUGAUCCAGCUGACAUCACCGGUUUCCUUUCCUCUGGUUCCAGGUCAGGCGGGAUUGGCAGAAGAAUGCUGGCCCCAGGCAUCCGGGGGCAGGAUGGCGUCGUGUUGGCAGAGCGCUCUGGGUGUUAGAUGGUUCCUCUUGAUGCUCGUGUGGCGCUGGGCACCUCUGGGUGCUCUGAGCUGGCUCCUGGCCUCAGCUGAGCGCCUUGAGCCUUUAUCUUUCUCCUCUCUGCCUGGCAAGGCAAGUGUGGCUCAACUGGACUGGCUCCUGUCUGACAAGGGUCCUUUCCACCGGUGCCCGGAGUACACGGAGUUCAAGGAGCGCUUUCAGCAGGGCUUCUCAACACGCUACAAGAUCUAUAGGGAAUUCAGUCACUGGAAAGUGAACAGCUUGGCCACAGAGAAGAGAGAUUUCUUCAAGGCACCAUUGCCUCUGUCUCCUGAAUUCCUACGCAACCUCAGGCUACUUGGAAGGAGGCCGACUCUCCAGCAGAUCCAUGAAAACCUGAUCAAGAAAUACGGCACUCACUUCUUAGUAUCAGCCACACUCGGGGGCGAGGAGUCUCUCACCAUCUUCCUGGACAAACAGAAGCUCAGCAAGAAGUCUGAGGUCAACGGCAACAGCUCGACGGUGUCUCUGGAAAUCCUGCACCAGCUGGCUGCAUCCUAUUUCACUGAUAGAGAGAGCACCCUCAGGAGACUCCACCACCUACAGAUUGCCACCUCAGCCAUCAAGGUAACAGAGACCAGAACAGGGCCUCUGGGAUGCAGUAACUACGACAGCCUGGAUUCUGUCAGCUCAGUGCUGGUACACAGCCCGGAGAAUAAAAUCCAUCUGAAAGGUUUACAAGAUGUUCUCCCCGACUUCCUGCGCAACCGUUUCGUGGAGGCAGCGCUCAGCUAUGUGGCAUGCAAUUCCGAGGGCGAGCUCUUGUGCCGCAACAACGACUGCUGGUGUCGAUGUUCUGCCAAGUUCCCCGACUGCAACUGCCCCUUCUUGGAUAUCAGAGCCAUGGAAGAGAGUCUUCGGAAAAGCAGGGAGACCUGGAUUACCUUGAACAAUGAGUUUAUUGAAUCAGAUGAGUUCAAGGCGUUUCUGAAGAAGCUGCCAAUCGAUCGUUUUUUGAACACAUCGGCGAUCCUGAAGUUCUGGAGUUUGGACACAGCCUUGCAAAGACGCCACACUCAGCUGGAGACCAGCACUAAACUGAUCUUUAGCAAAGCCAACAAAAUUGUGCAGAAACUCUUCACGCUCAGCAAGCGCUGUCCCAAACAGCCAAAGAUCAGCCUGCCCAGAGAAAGGACAUUGGGGUUUUGGUUGAACAGAGUUCAGUCUCUGCUGUACUGCAAUGAGCAUGGAAUUCUGGGCUCCUUCUCAGAGGAAGUGCAUUACUGCUUGUGUCCUACAGAACAGGGCAACUCCUGCCAGGGUACAGUUCCUUGUCAGGUGGGUGAGGGCACACUGUGUUCCUUGUGUGCCCCGGACAAUGUCACCCGCUGUGGCACAUGCAUGCCUGGUAGCUUCCUGCAGCUGGGCUCAUGCCGGCCAGCCGUGGCCAUCUCACUGGACCACUAUGUGAACUUUGACUUGGACAUGGUGGAUGCAGAGGCACACCACCUGCUGCAGCGUCUGGAUGGGCGCCUGGAGGUGCGCGCAAUCUACAUUAGCAAUGAUGUGCGCUUGGGAAGCUGGUUCAACCCGGCAUGGCGCAAGCGCAUGCUGCUUACGCUCAAGAGCAACAAGAACAAGUCCAACCUGGUGCACAUGCUCAUGGGAAUCUCUUUCCAGAUCUGCACGACACAAAACAGCACGCUGGAGCCUGUGCCUGCCAUCUACGUCAACCCAUUUGGGGGAAGCCAUUCAGAGAGCUGGUUCAUGCCUGUCAAGCAGAACGACUUCCCCGACUGGCAGCGAACUAAACUGGACUCGGCACUGCCAUGCCACAAUUGGACGCUGGUGCUGGGCACUAAAUGGAAGUCCUUCUUCGAGACAGUGCAUGUCUACUUGCGCAGCCGUAUCCUCACAGAUGACCCAGGUGUAAACGAGACGCUCUUCUAUGAGCCAUUGGAAAUGGACUCGGCUAACCUGGGUUACAUGAAGAUAAACAGCCUGAGGGUGUUCGGUUAUAGCAUGCACUUCGAUGCCGAUGGUGUCAAGGAGCUGGUCUCACAGUUGGACUACCCGUACACACACGGCACACAGGACGCUGCCUUUCUGGCACUGAUGGAGAUCCGCGACCGUGUAAAUCGGCUCUCGCCACCCGCCGAGCGCCCACUCGACCUCUUCUCCUGCCUGCUUCGCCACCGGCUCAAGCUCUCAGCCAGUGAGGUGGCACGUGUCCACAACUUGCUUCGCAGCUUCAGUGUCAAGUUGCCCAGCUCCUCCAAACCUGACCUCGCCCAGCUGUGUAGCUAGCUCAGAUAACUCUCUCCUGCCUGUGUGUGUGUGUGUGUGUGUGUGUGUGUUUAAUUGUAAAUGAGAAAGAGGGAGAAUUCAGCUAGCUGUGCAAGUUAGCUCACAUUGUUCUCUCCUGCACUUUCCUCUACUAUUUUAUCUGACUUCUGAAAUCUUGUAAUGAAAGAUGUAUAUACUGUAUUUACCAAUGGACUGAGAUGCCCUUGAAUCGUAUCUUUGUAUUCAGAAAUGUGAUUGACUGAAACAUCAAGGCAUGAAUGGUAAGUUUCUUUAUGUCUUUUUUGAAGCUAGCUUGGAUAAUACUCUCCAGCCUGUGUGUGUGUGUGUGUAUGUGUGUGUGAGUGUGUGUGUGUGUGUGUGUGUGUGUGAAUAUGGAUGAGAAAAAGAGAAAAGAACACAGCCAGCUAUGCAGCUAGCUUGUGUGAUGCUCUCUUGCUUAGGCGUGUUUGUGUUUGGCAGAAUAAGAAUGAGAAAGGCAGGGAGAGAGGUAAAAAGAUUAUUUUGGAAAUGAGUGUCCAUGUUCUUGUGGGUUUGCUUUUCUAAGCCUGCCACCUCACUGAGCAGCAAAACUGAACCAACUGUAAGUUGUGAUUGACACGGGAAUAGCGAGUGUGUAUACAUCUGAAUGUGAAGCAAAUUUAACACAGACUGAAUCAAGUUGCGCUUCUGAGCAAAGCUUGAAGAGACAGAACUGCAUCCUAGCCUUUUUUUCUGUGGAACAAUGUAAA